AUGGUGAAGGGCACUGUGGCAGGCAAAAUAACAGUCCCCAAAGAUGUCCACAUCCUAAGCCGCGGAGCCUGUGGCUGUGUGACCUCACGUGGCAAAUGGGACCUUGCAGACUCUCGUGCCCAGCUGCCAGCUCCUCGAAACCCGAAGGUUCGCCUGUACAACGCCGAGCAGGUUCUGAGUUGGGAGCCCGGGUCCCUGAGCAGUGACACAAGGCCGGUGGUCUACCAGGUGCAGUUCAAAUACCCCUCUGACAGUAGGUGGUACGACACCAGCGACAUAGGUGUGCACUGUAUGAACGUCACCACGACGGAGUGUAACUUCACCCCAAGCAGCCUCUCAAAUGGUUUCCCACCACAUUUCAACGUCUCUUUACGUGUCCGAGCUAAGUUGGAGGACCUGGUUUCCCCAUGGCUGUCAGUGCCUUGGUUCCUGUACUAUUGGAAUGUUACCGUUGGACCUCCUGAGAACGUCUGGGUGACCCCGGGAGAAGGCUCCCUGAUCAUCAGAUUCUCCUCUCCCUUCGACAUCCCUGCCUCCCUGGCCACUUUUGUGUACUAUGUCCAUUACUGGGAAAAGGCAGGAGUCCAAAAGGUUAAAGGUCCCUUCAGGAGCAACUCCAUUGUGUUGGAUGACUUGAAACCCUUAAGAGAAUACUGUUUACAAGUGAAGGCGCAUCUGGUUUGGACAUACUACAACAACAUCUCCAGACCCGGACAUUUAAGCAACAUAUCUUGCUACGAAACAACAAUGGAUGCCACUACCAAGCUUCAACAAGUCAUCAUCAUCGCCGUGGGUAUCUUUCUGUUGCUGUCGGCGCUGGCGGGGGCCUGUUUCUUCCUGGUCCUGAAAUACAAAGGCCUGGUAAAAUACUGGUUUCACUCUCCGCCAAGCAUCCCAUCACAAAUCAAAGAGUAUUUAAAGGACCCGAGCCAGCCUAUCUUAGAGGCCCUGGAUAAGGACACAUUGCCAACGGAUGAUGCCUGGGACUCUGUGUCCGUUGUUUCGUUUCCAGAGGAGGAGCAAGAAGACGUUCCCCAAAACACUUUGACCCAAGACUCUGCCAGGACACGGGACCCCCCCCUUGGCGCAGCCCUGCGGGCAGAUCGCGUCACCCGUCCUAGCCUGUCCCAAGAAGGGGCCUUAAGUGGCCCUUCUUCAUAUCCAGUCACCCAGCGUGAAGUAAGGGAGUUAGUUCCAGUGGUCCGGGGACCAGAUUCUGAUAAGGCUGAACUGGCUUCAGGGCAGAAUCGGUCCAGUGGCUUGGAGCAGGAGUUCAUUGUGGUCCAGGCCCAGAAAGGCCCUUCUCAGUUGAAGGCAGCGGCUGAAGCCCGACUUACAUUCAGGGCUCGUUAUCCCGGAGGAAAGGGAUUUAAUUCUUGCAUGUACUCCACAAAGCCGCUGGCGGACUAUGUCCUAGAGCCGGCUGGAGGCGGAGUUCAGGACACGCCGGUCAGUGUGGUUGCCAGGGGGCCCUCUACCAAGAAUAGGGCCCCCAGAGAUAAUGGAUUCGUUGGAACAAGGCCACCUCUGGCCUAUAUUUGUGUGAAUUAG